AUGUUCAAAUGGGUUCGAAGGUUCCCUUCUGCCUCUCGAAGCCAGAACAUGGUGACGUUCAUAACGUUGCCACGAGAAAUCCGCGAUGAGAUCUAUGAGAUUCUUCUUCUGCUUCCUAUUCUGAACGCGGCGCCUUCCGUGGCAGACGUACAGAAGGCAAACACGCGACGGGACUCCGAGCAUGUUUCUGCAAGGAAUAUCCGUUACCCUAGUCAAAGGCCAACCAAGAAUCCGAUCGUGUCGUUACUUCUUGCAAAUCGUCAACUGCACGAUGAAGCUAGCCUGGCCAUUGAGCGCUAUCAGAAGUGUGGCGGCGUAGCGCUGGUACUUGAUCUUCUUCUGGAAGGAAACAAGUGGUUUUACCCAACAUGGAUCAGCAUCUUGCCAUAUGCUCCCGUCGUCCAAAGGAUCCGGAUCCAGAUUCGCAACUUCGCAGCCUCGGAUGAAGCUGGUGGACACCCGUUCUCAGCAGUUUGGCGACUUGGUCACCUGUGCAACAAUUAUUUGAAGAGAGGCCCUGCUUUGGUCGACGGUGAAGACUUUCAAAGGACGAUAAUAGUCGAACAUCUCACAGUGGACAUUAUCUCGGACCCCCUGCUCGAUGAGACAGGAAGCAGUGACCAAUCAGCGAUUCAACGAGAGAUGCUUCGCGAUUUCAUGAUCAAUAAUAUCGACGUGCUGCUGGUUGACAGGUAUCGGCGACAGUCAGUUCCUUGGGGACCUCUCUUUCUGUCACGCGUUCGGGAAUUGAAUAUCGCUUAUGAAGGAAACAUCUUGAAGUCAAUAAACGUCUUCGAGAGAGCGAAACAGUGCAAAGUCCAGGUUGUAGAGUUGCCAGAGAAGAAUAGAACAUAAGAGAUGGUAGAAUCCUUUAGAAUGCUAAAAAGACAAAUUCGUGCUGUCAUCGCUAUCAAAAGGAUGAGGGUAAAUGACCAAGGGAGAUGAUGGAAAGAUAAAUAUAGGAAGUCAUGCAACCAUGGGACAGAAACUUUGAGCUGCAGUCGUUCUCUCUGUGCCAACUAAAUUGCUGAUUUGCCGGAUCAAUGAGACUCGCACACUUAAAUGAAAGACAGCAACACAACGGUC